AGCAAUUGGGGCUCAAGCCAUUCUGGAGCAAGGCGCUUGCACAGGAGAGAGAUACCCAGCACACACGCGCAAUACACAUCUUUUGUGUUCAUAUAAGCUCAGUUCCGUUUGUCAAUGAUGCGCCAUCUCUUGGUCGCCAGCUUGGUCGGGGCUUUCGGCGCCUGUGGCCUGGCCCCUGCAGACGACCUCAGGUUGUUUCAGACGCGGAGCUCUGGCCAGACGCAGUCGUUGUCAAGAGAUGAUCGACUGUCGACCCAGAAACCCGAGGCGUACGAGAUGACCGCUGCGACACAGUCGAGGGACACAUCGGGGAGGGAGUUCUUCACGUAUGAUUCCGUGCCCAUCUACGCCGCUUCACCAAUGAGUGGUGCUGCCGCCGCCGGCGGAAGCAGUCCAGCGCGCCCGUGGAUGAUCAUGUUGCAAAGCGACGCAACAGAGGAGGAGAUCGUAACCAUGAGCAAGGAGUUACCGAACGGCCUUGCGACACACGCGAGCAUGGGCGAGGUGCCCAUGGUGAUGGGGAAAAUGGAUGUCAGUAGCCUCCACUCGUUCAUCAACAACCACCCAGGUCGUCUGAAGUUUGUCGUAGAGGAUCGGUUCGAGAAAAGGGUGGACACGCCAGUCAUCGAAGAGGCUUCGAACUCGGAGCGACGGACCUACCCAUGGGGCAUCCAGUACCUCAAUGCGGACGUGGUCCGUGGGAAAGGCGCGGGGGUGAGCGUGUACGUGCUGGACACCGGCGUUCGCAUCACCCACUCCGAGUUCGGCGGUCGGGCCUUCGCCGGAGUGGACGUAGCUGCCUCGGGGACGUACCCGGGCACUCUCACAGUGUGUUCGCCGUCCAGCACAACGUGCGCUGACGACCAGCAUGGGCACGGCAGCCAUUGCGCGGGAUCGGUGGGGGCCUCGACGUAUGGCGUCGCGGACGGCGCUUCCAUAUACGCAAUGAAGGUCCUGAAUAAUGCAGGCUCUGGCUGGACCACAUGGUCCAUUCUAGCCGAGCAGUGGAUCUUGUCGUCUGGGAACAGGCCAGCGGUGGUCAGCAUCAGUAUCCAGGCCAACUACAAUGACCCCGCAGAGGAAACCUCCAUCGACAACCUGGUGGCCGAUGGCGUGACCGUGGUGGUGGCUGCAGGGAACGCCAACGCAGACGCGUGCACUUAUAAUCCAGCUUGGAUUUCGUCGGCGAUCACCGUAGCUGCUUUCGGUGGGGCUUCGGGGAGCUCAUGGGACAGGUCUUCGUACAGCAACUGGGGCUCUUGCAUCGACGUUUAUGCUCCAGGCACGAACAUCCUCUCGCUGGGCCCAUCCAGCGACACCCAGACCUAUUUCAACACAGGCACAUCUAUGGCUUGUCCACACGUCGCCGGCCUCGCGGCCAGGAUGUAUGAGGCGUAUCCUACGGCGGGGUCCAUGACCGCUGCGCAGAGGUGGGAUCUCCUGACGGUCACAAACUGCACAGGCUGUAUCACAAAUGACGCGACUCCCACACCCACUGUCAACCUGGUGGCGUUGGCCACUUCCCCUACUCCCGCGCCUAUGAUCUCGCCCACUCCCUCGCCUACGCUCUCGCCUACGCUACCACCCACGCCCUCUCCCACGCCCUCGCCUACGCCCUUGUCCACGCCAGGACCCACGCCUUUGCCAACGCUGUAUCCCACGCCCUCGCCUACGUUCUCGCCAACGCCCUCGCCGACGCCUUCGCCCACUCCCUUGCCUACGCCCUCGCCUACGCCCUCACCCACGCCUGCACCCACGCCGUCGCCCACGCAGAGUCCUACGUCGUCGCCAACGCUCUCGCCUACGCCCUUGCCCACGCUCUACCCCACGGCGUCACCCUCUCCCUCGCCUACGACCUCGCCAACGCCGGCACCUACGCCAAUGCCCACGCCUUCGCCAACGCCCUCGCCUACGGACUCGCCAACGCCAUCCCCUUCACCUUCUCCUACGUCCUCCCCUACGCCUUCACCCACGCUGGCGCCCUCUCCCUCGCCUACGCUGUCGCCCACAAGCUCGCCUACGGACUCUCCAACGCCAUCGCCUUCGACCUCGCCUACGACCUCGCCUACGCUUUCGCCCACUGGCGCGCCUACGCCCUCGCCUACGCCCUCUCCUACGCUGUUGCCUACGCCCUCGCCUACGCUGUCGCCCACGCCUUCGCCCACGCCCUCGCCGACGUUCUCGCCAACGCCCUCGCCGACGCCUUCGCCCACGCCCUCGCCUACGCCCUCGCCCACGCCCUCUCCCACGGCGUCACCCUCUCCCUCGCCUACGCCCUCGCCCACGCCCUCGCCAACGCCCUCUCCUACGUUCUCGCCAACGCCAUUGCCUUCGUUGUCACCUACGCCGAAUCCCAUAUCAUAUCCCACGCCGUACCCCACGCCCUAUCCUACACCUUCGCCAACUCCGUCGCCUUCGCCCUCACCUACGCCCUCGCCUACGCCGUAUCCCACGCCAUAUCCCACGCCGUACCCCACGCCCUAUCCCACGCCCUAUCCCACGCCAUCUCCCACGCCCUCGCCUACGCCGUAUCCCACGCCAUAUCCCACGCCCUACCCCACACCGUAUCCCACGCCCUACCCCACGCCCUACCCUACGGCCAAUUCGUGUGGCAAAUACUCCUCCUGCAAGCCUUGCCAAUAUGCGGUGGGGUGUUACUGGUGCAGGUCAAAUUCGUGGUGGUCUGUGUACUCUGGCCAGUGCCUUUCCACCGGGACGAUCGCCAACUGCUUGUGGAUGUCCCCGACGUGCCGUUGGAGGUGGUGGUACUAUUUCACCUGGAGGUUCAGGCUGCGGGUCAGAAGGGCCUACUCAUCGGCGUUCAUCGGAGACAGCUUCGUGCGAGGAGCCUUCGAACGCUCUGGGAAGUCCCGGGUGUCUGCCCUGCCCUCUAGUGCUGUGGUGUCCGUCCAGCUCUCUAUCCCGAGUCUCCGCAUGGAUGCCUCGGGCUCGGAUGAGAUGGACGAGAUUGAGGUGGAGUACGCCGUAGCAGUGCCUGGCGACGACGGCGACGACUCGGAGGGUGUCGAUCAGCAGCAGGUCGACUCGCUCUCGGGAGAUUUGGCGCAGGUCUCAGCGGAGGAGUACACACAGGACUUCGUAUCAGAGAUGAGCGGUGUGGCCGGCGCGGCGGAGUUCGGCGUGGAGGCAGUGGCCAAUUCUGCUACGGCCCCUGCGGUGACCACGGUAACAGAUCCUCCGACGCCGAGCCCGACGCCGAGCCCGACGCCGAGCGCGGCCUCUGCGAAGGGGGAUCCCCAUCUGGUCAACGUCUACGGCCAGCGAUUCGACCUGAUGCAGCCUGGUCUGCACUCACUGGUUCAUAUUCCAAGGUUUGCCGAAGCGGUUCGCACCCUCCUGGACAUUCGAGCAGACGUCCAGAGGCUUGGGGCCACGUGCGCAGACAUGUACGUCCAGUCCAUCAACGUGACGGGUGCGUGGGCCUCUGUGCCAGAGCACCCAGCCGGCAUGUUCUUCUCGGCUGAGGCGUCGUCAGAAACUCAUGGAUGGCAGAAACUCGGCCAGGUCAAGUUGAAGGUGAUCCAGGGCCACACCGAGCAUGGCGUCGCAUAUCUGAACUUCCUCAUCCGCAGCCUGUCGAAGGUGGAGUAUUCGAUCGGUGGCCUCCUCGGGGACGAUGACCACACCGAGGCGUCCAGAGUCGACCCCAACUGCCGCACGAGGUUCAACCUUGUGGAGACAUAGGACUGCCACGUAUAUUAUAAUUGUCGUGCCGCCUUGUGGAGACAUAGGACUGCGUCAACUGACAAACAAGAGUUCUUGAAGAGAGAACGGAUACGAUUCCAACCAGGCCUUGGCCCCCCCCCCCCUGUCUAUUCCUGCCCGGCGAGCACGCUUCCAAUGUGAGCGUGGCCUGGCUCUGAGGAGCCAUGUCCCGUGUCUCAUUCCCUUCCGCUCUUGCUGCGGCCUCCUCUUUCCGCUCCUCUGCCCGCCCGUCAGGGAUAAGUAGGGCCUGACCUAGUCUGG